CCUCCACAAUUCAACAGGCAACAAAGGAAGAAAGGAAGAGGCCGAGGCAGCUACAAAGAGUUAGCCAACCUAGAUGAAAAAAAAAGUCACAUUAGUAUACKUUAGUAGUCGCCAAUACACUCCUGCGUUUAAAGGGAAGAAGCAAAUCCGCCCGUGCUAAGAGUAUUAUAUCUUUUAUUUUUGUCUUUGGAAGGCGGCGCUAACAAAGAUGCUAACAAAGCUACGCUAACGUUAGCCAACACUCGUCAAGGAGGCAAUCUWUCAAAGAACGUGUUUAUUUUUUGAAGAAGUGGUCCAGAUAAAAAGAGCUUUGAUUUAUUUUCCCCCACUAAUGCGGGUUAUAGUGUCCAGCGGCAAAUGAAAGGUGGUGGAGGUGGAAUUUGACCCAACUGAGUCACUAUUUUCCUGCAGAUAAUGGGAUUCGUGGCUCCACUGUAUGAAUGACUUGUUUCAUAUGGCCUGAUGGGAGGACAUUGUGGAUAGUGCUUUCAUCAGGACACCAGGAGAGCCACCCUAUGCCCCCGCUUUGGAGGGCCUGUCAGAAUGAAGAAGAUAAGCCUUAAGACCAUUCGCAAGUCCCUCAACAUAAAGGGCAAAGAGGAGGGUGACUUUGUAAUGCUUCAGCAGCCUAUAGUCACAACAGAGUUUUCUAAGGAGGACACACUUUUUGGGGGCUGCUAYAAUCCCAAAGAGCUUCCAGSGUGUGAUCUUGGUUGUGAAGACGAGAAAGGAUGCCAGAAUAAGAGUCGCUCAAAGAGCGAGGGCCUCAUGGGUUCGCUAAAAAGGCGGCUAUCUAACAAGCAGAAGGCAAAAGUAAAAGGUGGUUCGUCUGCGCUGUGCUCAGUGGAUGACGACGACACCUUCUCGUCUUCCUCUGUGCCCAUCAGCAAUGAAGUGAAAGCCCAGAGACCUCUCAGAUCUGCGUCUUUACGGAGUCACCAUUACAGCCCAUCUCCAUGGCCUCUGCGGUCUGUGAACUCUGACGAGGCCUGCAUCAAGAUGGAGGUAAAGGUUAAAGCCAUGGUCCACUCUCCUUGUUCAAGUCCCAGCUUAAAUGGGGUUCGGAAAGAAUUUCACACCUUCCAGAUGGAAGGCCUCUUUCAGGACCAAGCAGAGUCUUUAAAGAAUCUCCAGCAACCACAAAAYGGUGAGCUGCAUCUAAACAUUGAUGAAAAUGACGUGCCUGUGGUGCUGGGGUUAACACCCCAGGACUACAUCCAGUACACAAUGCCUUUAGAUGAAGGAAUGUACCCAGAGGGGUCUCACUCCUUCUGCUUAGACAGCCCGACUCCCAUGGAGGUGGUGACGGAGGCGGACAGCRGGUCCCUCCACACAGACCAGGGCCAGGAGGAACACGAGCUGGACAGUGGAAUGCCUUCAGACCUCUUCAUGGAAACCUCAGUUAACAGUAUUCUUCUUGGUUCUGCUGACAUGAUGCUCCAAAGCUCUCGAGUUGAAGCCCCACCUCCACUAUCUCCACUCCUCCCUCCUUUGUCAAUUAAUGGACACAUCCCUAGGACKUACUCCAGCUUCAGCUCCUCAGACAGCCAGGUCGCUGAAAGAGUGAGACACCACCUGAACUUUGAUCCAAACUCCGCUCCUGGGGUCAGCCGGGUUUAUGACUCGGUCCAGAGCAGCGGGCCGAUGGUUGUGACCAGCUUGACRGAGGAGCUUAAGAAGCUGGCGCGACAGGGCUGGUACUGGGGUCCCAUCACACGGUGGGAGGCCGAGGAAAAGCUGGUCAACCUGGCGGACGGGUCCUUCCUCGUCAGAGACAGCUCAGACGACAGGUACCUGCUCAGCCUGAGCUUCAGGUCCCAGAGCAAGACUCUCCACACCCGCAUCGAACACUCCAACGGACGAUUUAGCUUCUACGAGCAGCCCGAUGUAGAGGGACACACGUCGAUCGUUGAUCUAAUUGAACAUUCUAUUAAAGACUCGGAGAAUGGAGCUUUUUGUUACUCCAGGUCUCGCCUACCAGGGUCUGCAACUUACCCCGUCAGACUAACCAACCCAGUAUCUCGGUUUAUGCAAGUGCGCUCCCUGCAGUAUCUUUGCCGCUUUGUCAUUAGGCAAUACACAAGGAUAGACCUUAUCCAAAAUUUGCCUCUACCUAACAAGAUGAAAGAUUAUCUGCAGGAAAAGCACUACUGAGGACACAGACCGGACAGUCGUAGCAAUUUGCACUUUUGUGUUUCAGUUCGGAGAUUUAAACAAGGUUUACACACAACCACAGCUUGAGAUAAUUGGUUCUGGUAGUAUUUGAUUGAUGUCUAGAUGACUGUCAUCUUUAUUGUCCUCCAUUCCACUGCUUUCUUUGUUUCCCCACUAAUACAGGCCAACACAUUGUCUUCUGCAAAGAUGUACAGCCAAGUAAUUUUAGUUCAAUCUUCUUAAGUGCAGAUAAUAGCCACUUUGUGAUGUUUGGUUAUGAAUACAAUCCAGCUGGGCAAAUAAAGCAGAUUAUCAUAAGUGAUCUGCAAUAAAGCUGAGCAAGUUGGGAAAAAAAUCUGCUAAAUUUGAGAAAUUAAUGCGUUUUUAAUAUCUUCUGAAUUUUAUAUUGCGGAAUAUAUUUCAAGAUGAAAAAAAAUGGUUUAAAGUUUCUGCAAACUGAUCACGUUUGAACAUCUUUUGCAUAUCAUUUUUAUGGGUUUAUUUCUUUCAGCAUGAUCAAACUGCAAAGUAGGGCUCAUACUUUACAGGUAGAAUAACCGUUAAGGCUUUAUCCUACGUGUGAUAGAAGCGUUUAAUACACGGUUACAUCACAAUUUUUUUUAGUUUUUGUUUCUUUCGAACAGUGUUGAAUGUCUUUUUAUAAUGUACAAAUAUGAACAUUAAAAGACUUGUCGGUGAA